AUGGAUGGGUUGCUUGCGAAGUUGGAGAUUUCCGCUGCAGUCCUGCUGACUGCAUGCGAUGCUCAAGCUAGAAGGCAAGCUGAGGCGCAGAUUAUUCAGCUCAGGGAACAACCCCGACCCUAUGAUUUAUGCUGUUUCAUCCUGAACAAAACCUCAAAUGAGUACCUCAUUUAUGAAGCCGGACGAUGCCUCUCACGUGCUGUUGUAAAAGAAUGGAACGAACUUUUCGCUCCCUCGUUUGAUCAAGGAGAGGCAUGUAAGGCCAAGCAGUUGCUGUCCUUCGUACUUUCCUGGGCAGAACUGCGAGGAUCACAGAUCUCUGCCGCGCCUCGACAACGUGUGCUUGGUGCUGCAGGCGCACUUGCGAAACGUGCUGCCGCUGCGUUCGCUGAGCAAGUUGCAGCCGCAUGGCGCUCAACCAGCACAGACACACCGGUAAGCAUGACCCCCAGUCAGAGACGAUGGACUCGCCAUCGCGUCCUGACGAAUCCUCCAGAUGACCCUGGUCCUCCAUGCGACCUGAUGCUCCGUUUGGUCGAACAUAUUGAAAAUCUAGUUCGUCCUUUGCUCGAAUGCGGUGUUGAGGAUCCCCUUCCAAAGCAGGAUUCAGCCUGCCAAAAGUGCCUUCUCGGUUUAUGUGUGAUGUCUGCGUUACUUGACGAAGUCUCGAACGCGGAAGACAGCGUCCAUUUUGAAAUGGUGUUGGAAGCACACAUUUUCCUACGAGCUCGCUUUCAGGAUUUCGAACUCGUUCGGCUUUUCCAUCUGCUUCUCUGUGUAAUCGACUGGGUGAUACGCCGUUGGUCUAAUGCGCAACUUACGAGUUCACAACUGGAACAAAACGAACUCAUUUUUCGACUGGUCAGCUGUCUAGACUGUAUCGGGUCAUGGGAUUUCUUGCCCAGAGAACUCGUUGGUUUUUACACCUCUCGAUUACGACGUGCCAACCGCGAAAUGUGUUUCCGACCCAGCUUGAAAUGGUCCCCAAUAUUCGGGCCCGAGGCUAUGUCCAACACGCUGUUAUUAUUAAUCAAGCUGCACACCCUGGUCCGCCAGUCAGACAUGUUGGGCACACGCACUCUUUCGUUUCUCACCCGACUUACAGCCAUGACUGGACCCUUGACUGAGCCCGUAACCCCACUGUCUGUGCCCAGUGAUGAUCCCGGCUCCAGUGGCGCAUCCUCCAUGGACGGGCACGGUCCAGUCUCAUCCACUGCUUGUCGCCUGCAUAUUCUCACCUGCAUGGACUAUUUAACUUACUGGCUGGAUGAUGGUGCCGAUGAGGUGUCAAACACUUCCGCUGUGCUUCGCGCAUUCCCACCCGAUCACCAACGGAUCGUGAACGAGGAAUGUCAGAAACGACUAGUGGAUCCUGCCUGCGUACCUCGUUUGGCACUACACCAGUUGAUGCCGUACGAACUCCCAAUCUUCUCUGAAUUGAUGCAAGAUAUUGUGAUACGAUCCCCACGAGCAUGGGAACCUGUCGCAACGUGUCUGUCACUUCCAUCCUCGUCCGCUGCUGAAUGGGAUUCAGCCUGUGACACACAGUCCGUGUAUCAACAUGCUAUGCUCUCUUUGGUCGUGAUUGAUCGAUUUUUUGUCCGUAUGUGUACGCUGAUAAUUCAGUGCCUUAAGUUCCUGGCCACUGCUUCAUUGAGCGUAGACGGUGAUGGGCAGCCCGCACACGAGGCGAUUGAACGUUUAUUCAACAACUGGAUUGAUUUGUUCGAGUCCAUUCCUUCUUCUGGUUCCGAUUUGGCUGCUGGUGACAGUGCUGACCUCGUGUUCGAGCCCGGUAGCCAUGAGUUCACCUAUCCUGGUACGGACAACCUCCCACUGCCGUUGACCACAGGAAAUUUGGAUGAACUUGACAACCGGACUCAUGAAAUCAAGAAGCUUCUGCACAUUUUAACUGUGAACGUCUCUCGUCAUAGGAUCCGUCUGUUCCAAUUCUAUUUGCUUUCCAAGUUGGGUCCGAGUGUUGGACUACGUCCUGCUGGCCAGCCAGAGGAGCACAUCGAUUUGGACUUGGAUGAGGACGAUUUGAUAGCUUAUGAAGAUAGUUUAUUCGCUUGCGGAUCUUGUGGAGUAGCCGCCCCGGACUACUCCAUUAAGUUAUUGCUUCAGUUGGUUGAUGAACGGAUCGCCCAGUUGAUACGGACGCAUGGCGAGCCGGUGUCCCAGGCUACGCUUGAUUUGUACGAAGAUUUACAUUGGAUCCUUUUGGUCACGGGGCAUUUUUUAGUCCCGGGGCCAAGUUCCCUUUCCAAGGUGGUUCGUUCGGUAUUCGACUGGUACACCGAGUUUUCCAUCCCACAUCAACUUGUAGUUGUUAACAAUGAGGCCUCCGUCGAUUGCGUUAUGAGCUGUCGGCUUUUACAUCUUGCUGCCAGUGGCCAAUUUUCUGCCUUCAGUGAAGCUUGGCCUCCACCUAAAGUGCAACUAGACAAUGUACCUUUGUUUCUUCGCCUCAUUGCCUCACUAUACCGACUUCUGUGGCUACAGGCCGGUUCGGGUCUCGGGAGCGCCCAACUCAUACAGGACAAUUUGUGGCUUCUCGCCCGUUUCGCCGUGGCCUAUUUAUGUCACCUUUCAUUUGAUCGCGAGCUUUCGUCUCCCCCAUUGCGGGAUUCUAGCAUUUUGGCCAUAUUGAACGAAAACUUGUCCGUUCUGAAAAAAGCAAGUGGAGGCACAACGUACGGUGGUGAUCUGUUCAGCCAGGACGGCGACAAGGAGAAUGAAACCGUUCUUUUCACCGAGACCAGAACCGUGUGCAUACGAGGCUUACUCACCUGUGCUGGCCUUACUUUAAACAAAUGGUUGUACGAACCACAGGUGUUAUCUAAAGCUGCUGGUCUCAUUCAAGUUGUGGGACGGUAUUCUCUACUUGCCUCAAAGAUCUUGCGUUAUCCUGCAUGGUAUGAACUAUGCUCUGUUCUGUUUAACGUCGAAGAGUCCACUCGGAUUUGGCCCAAUAUAACUACAGAUAGCUUGAUGGCCUUAACAGAAUCAUGUUUGUGUGGGAGCUACGCGGUCGAUGAAGACACCCUCUGUAUUCCACCAUCACGGCGCCCAUCUGAUGGGAACACCGAACCUCUGUUUUUUCAACUUCUACAUGGUCUUCGAGAACACCAACACCGCGUGUUGGCCCAGUUCACUCAAUCCCGGUCGACAGUGAACAGUCUUGCGGCAGAUGACCUAGUUCGAUGUUUAGCUAGCCUACGAGGCCUGGCUCGGGCUAUCGGUUGGCUGUCGGCUCACGGCAAAACACAAUCCGACCUGAUCUCAUUGGCUUGGACCAGUGCACUCUAUCCUGCUCUGGAGAGUGGGGCACAGGUCCUCAUGCUGCAAUGUCACAAUUCCUCCGAAAUUGUGCAAGCUGUGUUUUCCCUGUUCUCCGAAGUGGCUGAUUCUUGUCUCAUUUAUCUGGCUAACGUUCCCCUCGGUCCGCAACUCGUUCACACGUCCACUGCAGUCGACACUCAUAAAGUCUUGGGUUCCACCGCAUCGGCGAGCUUCUUGUCAGUAACGAUGAGACUGUGUCAGCAAUAUGUCAAGCAGAAUCUGAGUGAGUACUCUCUGAUUCCCAUUUAG